AUGCGGUGCAAGUUAUGCCCGUACCGGGCAUUCGGCACGAAGCGCCAGCUGAUCGAGCACAUGAAGUACCACAGCCCGCCUUUCUCUGUUGCUCCCGCUUCUGCCGAAACCACAUUUCAGCAUCGCGUGGGCCAGGCGUUGCACAGGCAACGCGCGGCGGCCAGCGUCAUUGGGCAGGCGGCGCCGGCCAGUGAUCUGCUCGAGGCCAGCGCGGAGCGCAUCCGGGAGAGGAACAGGAGCGCUUCGGAGGAGGAGGCGCAGGCACUCCAGCGCAGCAGCCAGGUACGCGUCGUUCUCAUGUGGACCACCGCUGGGCCCGAAUACUUGCUCCGCAGCCUGGCGGGGAAGGCGAACAGGCUCAGCGAGAAGCUGUACUUCACCGGCGAGUUCGAGGACCUCGUUGUUUCGCUCGCACUGCGCAGCCGCGGGCAAGAGGGCCCGAUCAUCGACGACUUGUGUGCGCGGUGGGCAUCAGACCCGCGCGGCUUGCCCUUUGUGUUCUGUCAGAGCCAAACACCCAUUCGCGAGUGCAUGCGUCACCUCUUCACGCGCGACGGUGGCAUCGUUCAGAACGCUCUGCGCGACCUCAAACGCCGCGCCACUGCUCGCGGGGAGUGGGUUGCCAUCGGCCACGACGCGACGCACAAGUGUUGCUUGUCCGUCAUCGGGCCGGAGAAGACAGGACGGCGGCGACUGGCACAGGGGGCCAUGGAACAGGCACAACAGGCCCGUACGGCACACACUUUCAUGGGCGUCGCAGGCGCGUGCCCUGGGUUUUCUGUCCAGCGUGGCGAGGGCCCGGAAUGCUUUGCAUCCGCUUUGCGCGAGGUCCUUUGCGCCUGA